UUCAUUUUUAUUUUUAUUAUAAUGUUUGAUGUUUUUCCCUCUGUGACCGACAGGGAUCGCUAAAAGACAAGUGAUGAAAACUGAGGACGCAUGAACCUGAAAGUGAAACCAAAGAGCAGACAGGUCUUCAGCACUAAAUCCAGAGGGAGAACUAAGUCAGAGGAGCUGCGUCAUGAAGUUUAUCACAGACAUCACUGUCAUCAUUGAUGAAGCUGAUUACACAGAGCCUGGAAGAUUAAGGAAGAUUCUUAAAUCUUACAGUGCUGAGAAAGAAGGUACCUGCUACAGAGUGGGAGGGACCUAUGAGGAACUGGAACACCUUUCAGUCCAACUAUCAGCAGUGAAACAUUCCAUCAAUUCUGCCACACAUGGUCAGCAAGAUGCUUCAACUCAUAUCAAAUCGAUGGAUGUAUCUGCGGUUGUUAUGACCUACAUUCAGGAAAAAUGUGCAAAAGAACUCAACAAAAUUCAAGGGAACAGUUUUGUCUUUGAAACCCAGCCUGAACACAGAACAGUGCACAAUAACCCCAGUGGCACAGUGCAGGUGAUUAUAAGACCACAGGGUGUCUCCGCACACCCUGUUCAUGCUGAUUAUGUCAGACAAAGAUUCAUCACAUUCUACCAGAGAACUGCCUCUGACCUGCAGGUCACUUCUGUCCCCGUGAGUCCACAUAAACACGAAGACCUACAGAUGACGUUUCCCCGUAUCCUUUUUAAACCCAGCCACGGAUAUCCAGUAACAGCUACAGGGCCCUUUCUGCACAUUGCUCAAUUGAAGAAGUUCCUUUCACAAAAUACACAAAGUUCAAGCAAGAGUCCAGUGAACAAAGGUUCAACAGACACUCCAAGCAGUAGAACCCGGGGUCCUCAGCCUACACAAGACAAAGAUCCUGAAGAUGAAUUAUGUCCAAUCUGUAUGGAACCAAUAGCGAUUAAGGAGAAGCAAACCCUGCAGUGCAAGCAUUCCUUCUGCAAAGACUGUUUGGAAAAAGCUUAUAAAUAUAAGCCUGUAUGCCCCACAUGUGGAAAGGUAUAUGGUACUUUGACAGGGACACAACCUGAUGGAGGCAAAAUGAAAGUCUACAGAAACGACUCAUCUUUACCUGGAUAUGAGAAAUAUGGAACAAUUACUAUCUACUAUGACAUUCAAAGUGGCAUCCAAGAGAAGGAGCAUCCUAAUCCUGGUCAGCCAUUUGAAGGUGUAUUGCGCAUGGCCUAUCUCCCAGACUCCUCAGAGGGCAGGAGGAUCCUGGAGCUGUUGAGACGUGCCUUUGACCAGAGACUCACCUUCACUGUGGGUCGCUCCACCACCACUGGCAGGAACAACAUAGUCACAUGGAAUGAUAUUCACCACAAAACCUCAACACACGGGGGACCAACUUGCUAUGGAUACCCAGAUCCGGAUUACCUCAGCCGAGUUGGAGAUGAACUGAAACUCAAGGGAAUUGACUGAGUUUCUGUAGAGUUUGUUAUCACAUGAAUAGACUAACAAGCUCAUGUAAUCUGUUAAAUGACAAUAUUAUCUCUACAAAGUUAUGUACAAACAUCUUCCAUCUUAAAACCCACAUAUAUAACAAAACAUAAGAUACUAUACUGAUACUAUAGAAAUGAUAUUUGAAAAUGAAUGGCUAAAACUAUUGGUCUGUUUAAGGUAAAACUCUAUAAUGUGUAAGCAGUGUAAUAUCAUGCUAACACAAAGCCACCAUUGUUUUCUUGUUAUAUGGUAACUUGUGUGUCUAAUGUUUUUAAGUUCAUUGUAUUUCUUCACAGCAUGUGAAGUACUGGUUAAAUGAUUUGUUGUUGAGUCGAAAGGAUUUUACCAUUAGGCCUGUCAGCUGUAUUCCACUGAAGCAUAUAUACCUUGCCUGAAACCCAGGUAUACUUGUUGGGUGAAUGGCUGUGUUGCUGUGCUGCCAGUGACUUGGUGUUGGUUUCAGCUCAUGUAGGUUGACAAAUAGACCCGGACAGAAAUGAAACCAUCUUUAUUGUGCCCAUGCCUUUCCUCACUUGUCUCUGGACUCUGACAGGGGGAGGAUCAUGAUUGCAGCCAAUCAAAAAUGACAAACAAGUGAUCAUGACAACUUACCGCCAUUUACUUUUAAUGUGACAUUGAACACGUGACAGAUCCCACGUUAAGUUACAUUUCUGCACAUUUCCUCCUUCAAAACCUAUUUCAGCCCAGCUCUUCUCCUUCUGAAACAUGGACAUUUAUAUUCUGCAUGUCCAUGUGUUUGCUAACUUUCAGAAUUUUUUACUGGUAAAUGCAUUUACAUGAACAAAUGGAGGCACAUUUACAUUUUUAGUUAACAUAUGUUAUUUAGUCAACCGUGAAAUUGACCAAAGCAGCUGCUGGGACCUUCCAGAGUGCAUAUACUGCAUAUAGUACGUAUACUUAAUUAUUAUGUCACAGUAAAAUGGUGAAUAUGCAGUCACUUUAUAUCUUUAAUUAAGACAAUUUGUACAGAAUUGCUUUCAUAAAUUCUGUUUACCUCCACAGAAAUUGGGUAAUGAUAAACAAAUCACCUCGAUUGCCUUGGUGAGUGUGGUGAAAUAUCCCAAGUGGUUUGAGCUUUGUAAGUCAAAGGACAAAGUUUGAUGCUGAACUUGCAUGUUUUUUAAGAUAGUGGUAGGUCAACAGCUGCUAAUGCUAACAUUGACUAUGUAACAAAAACUUAAAUAUAAAAUUGAAUUUGUCUAAUUGGUAAAUAAGGUUCCAUUGAAACCCAACAAAACAAUUAGCGCACACACAGUGCUCACAGACCUAUGUCCUUAUAAAAUCAAUAAAUUAGCUUUAACUGUUCCUGAAUCUUUACCUGGAAAGUUGUGUUCAAGGGUCAAGAAUGUUCAAAUAUAAUGAAAAUCUGUUGUGUGAUUAGGCCCUUCCAAGCCCUUGGUUUAUUUUAUAGGGUCAAAGAAAAACAUAGACUAGAGGUCCCAUUUAUUUAGAUAACAUAAAUAAUCUCUCAUAUUCAAACCACUACUUCAGGUGAUUUUCAGUUGCCUAAACCUGGUGGUCACCCCCUCUCCCACAAUAGUUGGCUGCAAUCCCUCCCGGCCCUUUGCUACAUACAUCAGAAGGAGGUUAUCUGUAAUCAGCCAUGUCUUACACAAGAUCCAUGAGCCUAAUUAGCAAAAAUUGUGUUUAAACAGAACAGUUCAACAAAUCUGAAAAGAAAAUGCAUACAAUUAUUUGAGGGAAUAUGGAAUUAAGAGCAAAGUAUAGUGAAAAGGCUGUGGUAAAUGUUUUAGAGUUGAAUAUUUUGAAAGAUGGUGUAAUUGUAACAAAAUGUCCUUGGAAUUUGUCUGAUAAAAAUACAUUGUGUAUAAAUCAA